AUGCCCCGAAUGAAACGAAAAUAUGGUGUAGGACAUACCCUGGACCACGUCCCUCCUGGAAAACAACCACGACGAUCCCUCAGAAUGAGCAAAAGUCAGAAAUCUAACAACCAAGAAGUAAAAGAUGAAGGAGAGAGUGUCAGUCAGAGCAGUAGUGGCAAUGUCAUUUGGACCAAGGUCAAAACUACAGCCCUUUUCAGCUACAUCAAGAAACAUUGCGCACAAGGAGGGGAUGGCCUCAACUUUAGGAGGGCAUUUGGCCAGGAGUGGCAGCUGACAUUGUGCCUCUCCUUGCGAAAGGACCAGCAAAAAGUGCUACUUGUUGUGGUCCAAAAUGGGGCAGGGUUUGUAGAUCUCCAUACCAAAUACAAUGAAAUUAGUGCAAUUGCAAACUUAUCUGGUGUACCGUGGGACAGCAAACUAGGGCUGAAUAUACUUGAUAAAAGUGAAGUGAAAAAUCCGGGAGCAAAAGCAUACAAGAGGGAGGGGUGGGUGCAUUAUAGCACUAUGCAGGAGCUGCUGGGGGGUCAGCAUGCCAAGGUCUUGAAUGCCUUUUGCACCCCUAGAGUACCCCAAGUGCCAAAAGUAAAAGUGCCGAAGAUGUCCACAUCCACCACCCAGGUAUCUACUCUGCCUGUUUCUGCUACCACAAAUUCUACCACAUCUAUUGCGCCUGCACCUGCUGCACCCGCAGCGCCUACUGUCUCUCAUGCAGUGCCUGCUGUUGUGGCUGCUGCACCUGCCAUCCCUUGUGUAGCUGUGUCUGACAUAGCCGCAAAGGAUCCUCCUGGUCACAUCAACAACUGGCUUGGUGGCCUUCCCUCCCCGACUUCUGCUUAUUUGCCUGUGGCAUUGUGUACAUAUGUUCAGAGGCCCUUUGGCCAUAGUUCUACCAUGUUUGAGCAAAAUCUGCACUUCCCAAGCAAUUAUCUGCCCAGUAAUACCUAUGUAAUUGGUGUCUCUACAACCACAGCAUAUUCCCGCAUAAAUUUGCUCUCCAUACACAAUGGACUGGAGAAAAUCUCCGUGCUCCAGAGGGCAUUUGGUGAUUAUCAGGCAGAAAUGCGGGGUCAAGCGUGA